AUGGGCUUGUUAUCCAACAUACCCGCUGACUCGCCCUUUACCUUGGAUAACAUCCCGUUCGGAGUAUUCUCGACGGGCGACGACCCAACGCCGCGGUGUGCCACGGCCAUUGGCGAAUUUGGUUUGGAUCUUCGCGCGCUCAGUAAAUCGGGCUUCUUCCAAGACGCCUCGGUGGCCGAUGCUCUGAGCCAGGCGGCCUUGAACACCUUCGCAGCACUCUCAGCAAAGACUAGAACCGCGGCACGCGAGCAAAUCAUUUCUGCCUGCAAAGAUGGCAAGGUUCCAGACUCGUGCCUGCAUAAGUUGGCAGAGGUGAAGAUGCAUCUGCCUGUGGCCAUUCCGGAAUACACAGACUUUUUCUGCUCGCUUGAGCAUUGCACCAACUGCAUGCCUAUAACCAACAGCAAAAUUCCAGAGAACUUUUAUCAUGCUCCCUCAGCAUACAACGGCCGAGCGUCCAGUGUCAUUCCAUCACCAUCCCUAGUUCGUCGACCACGGGGCGUAUAUUGGAAAGCCGGGACAAAGGAACCCACUUACGGGUUGUCCCAACUUGUCGACUACGAGCUGGAAAUGGGAUACGUCGUGUCCAAACCGGUCCCGUAUGGCGAGACAAUCAAAGUGGACGAUGCGCCAGACCACAUCUUCGGCUUUGUGUUGCUGAACGAUUGGUCGAGUCGGGAUAUCCAGAUCUUUGAGAUGCCGCCUCUGGGACCGUUCAAUUCCAAGUCCUUCGGCACCACUGUCUCUCCAUGGAUCAUCACCCUCGACGCCUUGAAGACGUUUCAGUGUGCGCCCAAGCAUGAGAUCCACCCGCUGGAGCACCUGCGAUUCAAGGACUUCGAGCACGGCACUUUCGACAUCAAACUCGCGGCGUCGCUCGAGCGAGACGGCAAACGACACCAGAUCUGCACGAGCAAUCUGCGCUACCUGUACUGGACCCCUUACCAGCAGAUCACCCACCACGCGUCCGCCAACUGCGGACUGCGCACGGGCGAUUUGAUGGGCACAGGCACCGUCUCGGGCGACGCCAAGGACGAGAAGACGGGCAAGAAGUUCGAGCUGGGGUGUCUCUUUGAGGCGACUCAGCAUGCCAGUCAGCCCAUCGCCCUGAAAGGAGGUGGCGAAUUGGGGUAUCUUGAGGAUGGCGAUUCUAUCAUCCUGUCGGCGUGGUGUGAAGACUCGACGGGCCGGCGUGUGCUCGGAUUUGGCGAGUGUCGCGGGAAACUGGUUGGAGCUGACGCAUCGAUUUCGCAAUGA